UGGCUGACUGGGCGAGUGAGUGGUUAACCUGGUAGGUGAGUGUGUGGCUGAGUGAGUGAGUGAGUCUAACCACACGUUUAUCUCCCGCCCCUUGUCCACCCCCUUUCCAUAGAAGCCAUGAGCAAACCGGGAUCGGCAAGCCGCCUGCUGGACGUGCCGUGCCGCGUGUGUGGUGACCGCUCCUCGGGCCGCCACUACGGCGUCUUCGCCUGCGACGGCUGCUCCGGCUUCUUCAAGAGGAGCAUCCGGAGGAACCGCGCCUACGUCUGUAAGGCGUCCAGUCAGGGCGGCUGCCCUGUGGACAAGAGUCACCGCAACCAGUGCCGUGCGUGUCGCCUGCACAAGUGCCUGGCAGCCAGCAUGAACAGGGACGCUGUGCAGCACGAAAGGGGCCCACGGACAUCAACCAUCCGCAAGCAGGUAGCGCUCUACUUUCGAGGGACGCAAUAUCACCACCAGCACCACCACCAGCACCACCAGCACCACCACCACCACCAACACCACCACCAACAGCAGCAGCAGCAGCCUGGGGUGGUGGCAGUAGUCGGAAUGGCCCUGAGCUCGUCACCCGCAGCGCGGACACCGCGGAAUCCCGAAGGCGGCGCCGCCACCACCACCGCCUCCGCCGCCUCCACCGCCUCCACCGCCUCCGCCGCCACCACCGCCUCCGCCGCCUCCGCCGCCACCGCCGCUGUGAACCGCGCCUCGCCGACGGGAGCCCUCGGCUUCUACUCACACGGCGGGAGCGGCGAUGGGGCCGGAGCUCGAGGCGAUGGCAAGUACUCCAGCGACGGGGUCUGUCUCAGUGACGGAGGUUCGUCCUCCCACAACACCCCAUCUCUCCCCUCCGCUCCAUCGCUCCCCGUCUCUACAGAGGUGCCACCCGGCGUGGCCGUGCUGCAGGGUGCCGCGUGCCCCGAGUCGGUGUGCGAGUCCGCCGCUCGCCUCCUCUUCAUGAGCAUCAAGUGGGCCAAGAGCGUCCCCGCCUUCUCAGCCCUCCCUCUCGGGGACCAGCUGGUGCUGCUGCAGGAGGGCUGGCGGGAGCUGUUCGUGUUGGGCAUCGCGCAGUGGGCAGUGCCCGUGGACCUGAGCACCCUGCUGGCUGUGGCAGGGCUGAACGCGGAGGGGGGAGCCCUGGGUCGCGUGGCGGGCGAGGCCCGCUCGCUGCACGAGACGGUGUGCCGCUUCCGCUCACUGCGCGUUGACCCCACGGAGUUCGCGUGCCUCAAGUGCAUCGUCACCUUCAAGGCCGUGGCGGCGUGCGGCCAGGAGCUGAGAGCCCUACGGAGUGCAGCUGCUGUGGCUGCACUGCAGGACGAAGCGCAGCUCACGUUGAGCAGCUACAUCCACAGCCGGUACCCCGGGGAGCCUUGCCGGUUCGGCAAGCUGCUGCUGACGCUGCCGUCUCUGCGCGCCGUCAGCAGCGCCACCAUCGAGGGCGUCUUCUUCCGCAGGACCAUCGGCUCCGUGCCCAUCGCGCGCCUCAUCGCCGACAUGUACAAGAGCACCGACGUCUAGACGCCUAGCGGGGGGCACUUAUGUCGAGACGCCUGGGGGCACUUAUGUCUAGACGCCUAGCGGGGGACACCGAUGUCUAGAUACCUGGGGGCACUUAUGUCUAGACGCCUAGCGGGGGACACCAACGUCUAGACGCCUAGCGGGGGACACCAACGUCUAGACGCCUAGCCGGGGACACCGAUGUCUAGAUACCUGGGGGCACUUAUGUCUAGACGCCUAGUGGGGGACACCAACGUCUAGACGCCUAGCGGGGGACACCAACGUCUAGACGCCUAGUGGGGGACACCAACGUCUAGACGCCUAGCGGGGGACACCAACGUCUAGACGCCUUGGGGCACCGACGUCUAGACGCCUUGGGGCACCGACGUCUAGACGCCUAGUGGGGGCACCGAUGUCUAGACGCCUGGAUGCCUGGCGGGGGGCAUGGACGACGAGACGCCAAGGCACAUAGGGGCACCGAUGCCGGCAAGUCUAGCGGGGGGCACCGAUGUCUAGACACCUUGGGGAACCGACGUCUAGACGCCUGGGCGCAGUGGCACCGACGUCUAGACGCCUAGAGGGGAGGGCCACCGAUGUUCAGACACCUGGAGCGCAGGGGAGCACCCACUCCGUCCCCUAAUACAGCCACACGCACUGCCAAGUCACCGCGGUCAAAAAAUCCGAAUCAGAACAUUUCGUUAGCUCGGCAUCUCCACCUCAACCGUUCCAUAGCCCCGCUAUGGUCUAGCCAAGUUGGUACCCUCCACCCCCCCCCCACCCCCCCCCAGUGGCAGCUGUCCAUGUGUGACACACACACACACACACAACGUGUCCUUACCAACCGUCAGCUGAGCGAACAUGUUAGCGAAGAAGAUGUAGUGGGCAGGAGCGCUGGAUCCCCUUAACAGGGCUCCUGACGGGUGGGUGCACCAUUCGUCUGCCUCUGUGAGUUGCAGGCAUCGUCACUGGAGUGUCGGCGUUCCUAAAGGUGCCUUAGGUCUGGCACUAUGAGGCUGGAGCAUUAACAAUCAAUCCCUCUAUGAAGAAUCCUACAGGGUGCCUUAGGUAUGGCUCUAUGAGACACAGCCAUAAUUAAAGCGUAGUUGAAUCCUACAGGGUGCCUUAGGUCUGGCUGUGUGCGACACAGCCAUCGCCACUAAAGUGUAGUUGAAUCCUACAGAGUGCUUUGGUCUGAAUCUGUGACAUACAGCCAUCGCCACUAAAGUGUAGUUGAAUCCUACAGAGUGCCUUAGGUCUGGCUCUAAGAGACACAAUCAUCACGACUAAAGUGCAGUUGAAUCCUACAGGGUGCCGUAGGUCUGGCUCUAUGAGACACAAUCAUUGCCACCACAGCGUAGUUGAAUCCUACAUAGUGUCUUAGGUCUGGCUAUAUGAGACACAAUCAUCACCACCACAGCGUAGUUGAAUCCUACAGGGUGCCUCAGGUCUGGCUAUAUGAGACACAAUCAUCGCCACCACAGUGUAGUUGAAUCCUACAGGGUGCCGUAGGUCUGGCUAUAUGAGACACAGCCAUCGCCACUACAGCGUAGUUGAAUCCUACAGCGUGUCUUAGGUCUGGCUAUAUGAGACACAAUCAUCGCCACCACAGCGUAGUUUAAUCCCACAGGGUGCCUUAGGUCUGGCUCUAUGAGACACAAUCAUCGCCACCACAGCGUAGUUGAAUCCUACAGAGUGUCUUAGGUCUGGCUAUAUGAGACACAAUCAUCACCACCACAGCGUAGUUGAAUCCUACAGGGUGCCUCAGGUCUGGCUCUAUGAGACACAGCCAUCGCCACUACAGCGUAGUUGAAUCCUACAGGGUGCCUCAGGUGUGGCUCUGUGAGACCACAGGGUAAAGAAGAUGUAGUGGGCAGGAGCGCUGGACCCCCUUAACAGGGCUCCUGACGGGUGCACCAUUCGUCUGCCUCUGUGAGUUGCAGGCAUCGCCACUGGAGUGUCGGCGUUCCUAAAGGUGCCUUAGGUCUGGCACUAUGAGGCUGGAGCAUUAACAAUCAAUCCCUCUAUGAAGAAUCCUACAGGAUGCCUUAGGUCUGGCUCUAUGAGACACAGCCAUCAUUAAAGCGUAGUUGAAUCCUACAGGGUGCCUUAGGUCUGGCUGUGUGUGACACAGCCAUCGCCAUUAAAGUGGAGUUGAAUCCUACAGGGUGCCUUAGGUCUGGUUAUAUGAGACGCAGCCAUCACCACUAAAGUGCAGUUGAAUCCUACAGGGUGCCGUAGGUCUGGCUAUAUGAGACACAACCAUCACCACCACAGCGUAGUUGAAUCCCACAGGAUGCCUCAGGUCUGGCUCUAUGAGACACAAUCAUCACCACUACAGCGUAGUUGAAUCCUACAGGGUGCCUCAGGUCUGGCUAUAUGAGACACAAUCAUCGCCACCACAGCGUAGUUGAAUCCUACAGGGUGCCGUAGGUCUGGCUAUAUGAGACACAAUCAUCGCCACCACAGUGUAGUUGAAUCCUACAGGGUGUCUUAGGUCUGGCUAUAUGAGACACAGCCAUCACCACUACAGCGUAGUUGAAUUCUACAGGGUGCCGUAGGUCUGGCUAUAUGAGACACAAUCAUCACCACCACAGCGUAGUUGAAUCCCACAGGAUGCCUCAGGUCUGGCUCUGAGACACAAUCAUCGCCACUACAGCGUAGUUGAAUCCUACAGAGUGUCUUAGGUCUGGCUAUAUGAGACACAGCCAUCUCCACCACAGCGUAGUUGACUCCUACAGGGUGCCUCAGGUCUGGCUCUAUGAGACACAAUCAUUGCCACUACAGCGUAGUUGAAUCCUACAGGGUGCCUCAGGUGUGGCUCUGUGAGACCACAGGGUGAAGAAGAUGUAGUGGGCAGGAGCGCUGGACCCCCUUAACAGGGCUCCUGACGGGUGCACCAUUCGUCUGCCUCUGUGAGUUGCACGCAUCGACACUGGAGUGUCGGCGUUCCUAAAGGUGCCUUAGGUCUGGCACUAUGAGGCUGCAGCAUUAACAAUCAAUCCCUCUAUGAAGAAUCCUACAGGGUGCCUUAGGUCUGGCUCUAUGAGACACAGCCAUCAUUAAAGUGUAGUUGAAUCCUACAGGGUGCCUUAGGUCUGGCUGUGUGCGACACAGCCAUCGCCACUAAAGUGGAGUGGAAUCCUACAGGGUGCCUUAGGUCUGGUUAUAUGAGACGCAGCCAUCACCAGUAAAGUGGAGUUGAAUCCUACAGGGUGCUUUAGGUCUGGCUAUAUGAGACACAAUCAUCACCACUACAGCGUAGUUGAAUCCCACAGGGUGCCUCAGGUCUGGCUAUAUGAGACACAAUCAUCGCCACCACAGCGUAGUUGAAUCCUACAGGGUGCCGUAGGUCUGGCUCUAUGAGACGCAGCCAUCACCACUACAGCGUAGUUGAAUCCUACAGAGUGCCUCAGGUCUGGCUCUAUGAGACACAGCCAUCGCCACUGCAGCGUAGUUGAAUCCCACAGGGUGCCUCAGGUGUGGCUCUGUGAGACCACAGGGCAUUCACAAACCCCUAGCGACGACGAUGAUAACCUUAAGCGCGCCUCGGCGAGGGUCUUAGACUCGGGCAUUGACGCCAAAUGGGCUGACGGGCACAUCGACAGUGGCUCUAAACUAGGGCUGAGCGAUUUGGGGAAAAUCUCGAAUUGCGAUUUGAUUUGCGAUAAAAAGUCAAGCUUCAGAUCAAUAUUCACUGUGUAAUAGAUUUAAAACAUGUGCUGGAGCAUUACCACGUGAUACCAUCAAAAUAUGAACUGCUCUAUAUAUUCCGAUGCGAGGAUGAGGACUUAAAAGAUAUUAAUUGCUGCCAACAUGUAUUUAUUAAAAUGUUUCAAUUGAAAUAGAACAAUCAAACAUAGAACAAUUGUUAAGUUAAAUAAAUAAGGUUAUAAUAAUUAAAAAA